AUGCCAGUACCUUCACUCUUACACCAACAACAAUCACUGCGUAGUUUAUCCCCUCCCUGGCCGGGCUUGCUACUACAUGCGCCCCCUGAGCAAUUCAUCCUUGGCCCCGACGGCAACGAUUCCCCAGAACCGCCAGAGCUCCGCGUCCGCAAUUUCAAUCAAGUGCCUGAUUGUGAGGAUGUUGCGUUGCUGUGGGCUCAAGUCCUCAAAACAAGAGUACGCGUAGAAGAGGACAGUACCUCAGGACCCACGGAGAUAUCUGUUGCUAGUGGGUUUGUAUCCCGCAGCGACUCCGACGCAAGUGCCGAGCCAACAGAGCCUCUAGAAGGUUGCUUUAAUGCAGCCACAUAUGGUUUAUCGCCUAGUGAGCUCUUACGGGAGGAGCGACGUGUGCAAAUGGUACUAAACGGCUCACAAGCACAAUCCCUUUCACAGCAUCCAAACGCCUUGUUUCAUCGCAGCUGGAUGAUAUUGAAUCGCUUCUGUCUAACUCGGAGUCACGCAAGUUUACCAUCCCUCAAAAACCUUUGUUCGCGUAUUCUUGCACUUUGUGGGCUGAAGCCUGUGACUUAUGACUGCUGCAAGAACUCUUGCAUCUGUUUUGCUGGCCCAUUUGCCAAUCUACAGUCAUGUCCCGAGUGUAACACACCACGAAAAAAUGCUGCUGGUGCGCCCCAAAAGACUUUUACCUAUAUCCCAUUAAUCCCCCAGCUGCAAGCUCUCUACUGUAGUCUCCGUAUGUGCGAAGCAAUGCAAUACCGUCACAACUACAAGCGCAACAAGGAUACAAUAGAAGAUUAUUUUGAUGGUAAUCAAUAUUGCGAGCUACUAGGUACUUAUGUCACUGUCGAUGGUGAACAGAAACCGUUCAAAUUUUUUGCGGACUGGCGGGAGAUCGCCCUGGCCCUUUCCACAGAUGGAAUGUGUCCUUUCAAACGACGCAAGAACUCUUGUUGGCCUUUGAUACUAAUCAAUCUCAACCUUCCACCCAAUCAACGCACCCAUCUUGAAAAUCUUGUCUGCGUUGGCGUAAUUCCAGGUCCAAAAUCCCCCAAGAACCUGGGUUCGUUCUUGUGGCCGCUUAUUGACGAGCUCCUUCAGCUUGCAUCUGGUGUCUCUGCUGUUGAUGUAUCAACCAAGCAGCUUUUCUCUCUUCGAGCUCAUCUUCUUGCUGUCUUUGGCAACAUACCGGCUAUCACAAAGCUACUGGACUUUGUUGGGCAUAAUGGGCGCUUCCCCUGCCGCUUUUGUCUUAUGUCGGCUAUCCAAGGUGCUACAGCUGGUGGAGGUACACACUUGUAUUGCCCGCUCCAUCGCAAGGAAGAGCCUUUCUUUGAUCCCAUGAAACUCCCUGCCCGUACGCAUCAAGAGUGCAUAGAACAAGGCUUAACAGUGCUUCAAGCUCAAACUUCAAAUGCGCAAUCAAAACUUGCUACCGCAACUGGCGUCAAGGGUGUCUCAUCACUUGCCCGACUCCCAUCCAUAAGUAUCCCCGCCUCAUUCCCAAUCGACAUAAUGCACAUGAUAUUUAUUAACAUUAUUCCCCAGCUUAUUGACAUCUGGACUGGGAACUUCAACAAUAUGGACGAAGGGAAAGGCACUUAUCACAUCAACCCUAUUCUAUUCAAGAGGAUUGGGGAGAUUGUUGCUAAUUCUGGAUCAACCAUACCUACGUCUUAUGGUUGCCGAGUGCCUGAUAUUUCGGCUCCGAGUCAUGGAAGUGCAACUGCAGAGGCGUGGAGUAUUUUUGGAGGGUAUCUGGGACCAUAUGUCCUCCGCAAGCGAUUCCGUAACCCCAAGUACUACCAACAUUUUGUUCGACUUAUCAAGCUUGUGAACCAAAUCACCUCGUACGAGAUCAAGCGCUCCGAUAUCCCAGAGAUUCGCAAGGGGUUCAUUCGCUGGGUCAAAGAAUAUGAAAACUAUAACCCUUUAACAGAUGAGCGCACAAUUCUGCUCGGGCGUUGUGCAAGCAACCUCAAGAUCUCUGACCAGCUUCAGAGGAAGAUAUGCGGUUAUCUCGUUCAGUCGUUUGGUAUUUCAGUAUUCGAGGCCAAGAAAGCAAUCCCAGAGCGUGUGCCCGAGUGGAGAAGACUUCGUAUCUCCCAGGGCGGGGAUACUAUCACAGCUCGGGGAAGCCAAAAGAUUCGCUCUGAUGCACGCGACAGUUCGUUUGUCAGAUACGAACUACUUGUAGACAAGAAUGCACGGCAUCGAAAUGCCCCAGUAGACUUACAACCCGUUAGUCAAUACGGGCAACUACAACACAUUUUCCAGCUAGAUUUGAAGGCCCGCUCGGCUGCAAACCCAUCAUCCAAGAGUAUUCCCCUUAUUCUUGCACUGAUUCACAAAGCGCCAGUACUCAUUGAAAACACGCAUGAGUACAAAGUCGUCUCAUAUCCAGACGGCCAGCUCAAAAGCGGCAAGGUUGUGGAUGCGCAAACAAUUCAUGCAGACUGCGAAUUUACUUUCCCUUCAUUUACGUAG